AUGUCUCAGGAGCCACUGGAAUUAUUACCUUUUGAAAAGUGGAGUGAAUUACAGACUAUGUUCAAAGCAGAUUGGCCCCGAGGUAUCUCUGGUUACACGGUUCUGGAAACUCAGAGAGUAUUAAUCGAAAAAGGGGGUAAUUACGGUUUUAAAGUUUAUUGUCCUUUCGGUGACCUAAGGAGUGGAAUGGUCGCCGUUAAUGUAAAGGAUACCUUUCAUGAAAUCAUAGUGUUAUGCCCUCAAGAUGACACCGAAAAACUCGAAGACGCUCUAAAACGAACCAAAAUAGUAAAUUUACAGGAAUAUGACGUUAUUCCUUUUACUCCUUACCAUGUGAGGCAGUGUGUUCAGAGAGUUUUAGGAGAGCAUGUUAAAUUAAAAUUAAUGUCAACAGACGCAUUUAUAUAUGAUAAACCAACAACAUUUACAGGGAACGAAAUGCCUGAGGGAAUUUCAUUUGGUAUUCUGUCAUCAGAACACCUGGACCUAGUUGACUCGAAGUGGCCAUAUCGUUACGAUUCUUCACGUUGGUACUUAAACUUGAUGAUUAAUGUGAAAUUUGGUUAUGGUCUGUUCGAAGGCGGCAAACUUAUCGCCUGGGUUUUACUCAAUGAAUCAGGUGCCUUACUGAACUUGUAUACACUUGAGUCAUCGAAAAAAGGGUUAUGCAGAACUUAUAGUGAAAUUGGUCAGUAA